AUGACGUCUUCUAUUCGAGCUUUGGAUCCAUCUGUGGUCAAUAAAAUAGCAGCUGGUGAAAUUAUUAUAUCUCCUGUUAAUGCCUUGAAAGAGAUGAUGGAAAAUUCCAUCGAUGCAAAGAGUACGACUAUCGAUAUUUUGGUAAAGGAGGGUGGUAUUAAAUUGUUACAAAUAUCUGAUAAUGGAUCUGGUAUUAGUAAAGAUGAUUUACCUUUAUUAUGUGAACGGUUUACUACUUCAAAAUUGUCCACUUUUGAAGAUUUAAAUGAAAUUAGCACAUAUGGGUUUAGAGGUGAGGCCUUGGCUAGUAUAUCACAUAUUGCUAAGAUAACAGUGACUACAAAAAUUAAUAACGAUAAAUGUGCAUGGAGAGUCUCGUUUGCACAAGGUAAAAUGAUCGAUACACCACUACCCAUUGCUGGAACUAAUGGGACUACUAUUCUAGUGGAAGAUUUGUUUUAUAACAUGCCUUCAAGACUGAGAUCAUUAAGAUCUCCUAAUGAAGAGUACAAUAAGAUCCUGGAUGUUGUAGGGAGGUAUGCGAUACAUUCUUCAAAGAUAGGAUUUUCAUGUAAAAAAUUUGGUGAUUCACAAUUUUCGUUAUCUAUAAGAGCCACGCUAGAUACAAAAGAUAGAAUACGAGCUGUCUAUAAUGGGAGUGUUGCUUCAAAUUUGAUUAAUUUUGUGGUAGAUGAAAAUGAAGGACUACCUUUGGAUAAAUUAACCGGUUAUAUCAGUAAUAUGAAUUAUAUUUCUAAGAAGGCUAUAUCACCAAUUUUUUUCAUUAAUAAUAGAUUAGUUACAUGCGAUCCAUUGAGGAGAAUAUUAAAUCAGACAUAUAUGAAUUUUUUACCAAAGGGGAAUAAACCAUUUAUAUAUCUCAGUCUAAUGAUUGAACCAACAUCUGUAGAUGUGAAUGUGCAUCCUACAAAGAGAGAAGUUAGAUUCUUAAAACAAGAUGAAAUUAUUGAACAGAUAUCUUUAAAAGUAAAUGAAGAGUUAUCAAAAGUGGAUACAACUAGAACCUUCAAGGCAUCAUCGAUACUUACAGGCUCUCAAUCCAUUGGACAAACAUCUGCAGUAAUUAGAUCUAAAUCUUUAUAUCGUCAAAGUAACUCACAAGUAAAUGCUGAUUCGAGUAACCUUUCACAAACCACCCCUAACAAGGUUAGAAAAUAUGAAAAUAAGAUGGUUAGAACAGAUGCUUCACAGGCAAAAAUUACGUCGUUCCUAAAAUCAAGUCAAUAUGUAGAGGGUAAUUCAUUAAAUAAGGAUAAUAAUAAUGAAGUCCUUAAUCUAGAAGAAGACACCGAAGAGGAACAAAACAAUAAUAUAUCAUCACCGUCACCAACUGUAGAUGAUACUAGUAACAAGUUAAUAGAGCUACCAAAUGAAGAAACUAAUAUUCUAGAUAAAUCAUCUCAAGUUAAGCAAACAGGGCACAAUUUCAAUUAUGUUGUCAUUAAGAAUAAAAGAAGCAUGGUUAAUUUAUCCAGCAUAAAAGAGCUACGAGAAGCUGAGGAUAAUAGAGCUCAUAAAGAGUUAACAAAUAUAUUUGCGAACUUGAACUACGUGGGUAUCGUAGAUACUGAAAGAAGACUUAUAUCCAUUCAACAUGAUUUGAAACUGUUUUUGGUUGAUUAUGGUUCAAUUUGUAAUGAAUUAUUCUAUCAAAUAGGGUUAACAGAUUUUUCCAAUUUUGGAAGGAUCAGUCUCCUGACUGAAAAUAAUGAAAAUUUGAAAUUGGUAAAUUUAUUAUCUGUCUUCGAAGAUCUCCCUAAACAGAAAGUUCGUGAUAUUGUAAGCUCUUUAUGGCAAAUGAAGGAAAUGUUGGAUGAAUAUUUUUCAAUUACAUUGAAAACCGAUGACGACAGUGAAAACUUAAACCAAGUCCAGCUACAAUCAAUACCACUGUUGUUAAAAGGUUACAACCCUUCAUUGGAUAAGUUGCCACUCUUUAUCCGUCGUCUUGGAACUAAAGUGAAUUGGGAGAAUGAAAUUGAUUGUUUAAAUGCUAUUCUUAAGGAAAUCGCUUUACUAUACGUACCACCGAUCAUUAAAACAAUCGAUCAAAAUGAUGGUAAUCUAUGUGAUGAACAGAAGAUUGCUUUUGUUAAUAAAUCUGAGUUACUUGAAACUACAUUAGAAAAUAUUGUAUUUCCUACCAUUAAGAGGAGAUUUCUUGCCACUAAUAACCUUGUGAAGGAUGUGGUUGAAAUUGCCAACCUUCCUGGUCUUUAUAAGGUUUUUGAAAGGUGUUAG